AUGCAGCAAGACUGCGCCUCAGUGCCUGACGAGAGGGCUUGGCAGGAGAUUAAGCAACACGCCGUGGAGACGACGGAGCGGGUAGAGAAGCGACAGGACGACCUGCGUGAGCUGCACGCGGCGGUGCAGGAUCACCUCGCGCUGCUGAAAGUGUGGGAGAGCGACACCACCCGUCGGCUCCACGCGGAGACAGAAAGAUUUGUGCAGCAGCUCCAGCAGCGGGAGGAGGAGCUCGUCCAGAUGGUGCGGGAAGACUGCGCCCUUCAGCGCUCCCAGCUCGGGGAGCUGCUCGAGAGCCUCGACUCCAGCGAGAAGCAGCUGGCGGCGGAGAAGCCGCAGUUGGAGGAUCGGGAGUGGGACGUUGUUGGGCGUGCUGCGGCACAGCGAAAACUGGCGGGUCUGCUUAAGCAGUGCGACUUUUUUGCGGUUCCGGACCUGCACCGGUACGCCGUGGCAACGUCUCCUGUCGUGGCCGAACGCCACUUAACGUGUGUGCGGGAGCUGGCGCCGUCGCUUCUCCCCUCCGCGCUCACCAUCCCCAUUGCAGACAACACCGUUUACCUCCCGCUGGCGAGUAGCGAAAAGGUAGGCGCACCCGUGGAGCAGAGGCAUGCAUCUAUGAUGUUGCCGCGCGGCAUCCUUUACUACAUCGCCACCGCAGGCCAUACGAAGUCUUUUUGCAACCCAGUGGAGAGUAAUGCCGUGCGCGUUCAGUGCGACGCGCCAGUUGUUCUUGGCCAGCUCUCAUCCCUCUGCGACGCUGGGCGUCCAACGCGGAGCACAGCUGCUGUACCGCAGCAUAUGCCAAGCCUCCGCACGGCCUCACAAGAGAAUGCCCGAAUUGAACUUGAUUUUGGGGACAGACGAUGGGUGGAAUGCACCGCGUACGCACUCCGUCACGGACACGCCGUGGAGCACGCGGCACUGCGCUCGUGGCGCCUGCUUGGGAGCCGUGACAGAGUGCGAUGGGUUGUGUUGGAUGAACAGAGGCGUAAUGGCAUGCUUGGGACCUCGCCGUUUAACGUGGCAGCUUUCACCAUUGACGAAGAAGAGGUCUUUUCCCAGGUGAGGCAUAGCUGGUGCCCCCUCCCUGGGUUGGGAUGUGCGUUUCGUUACAUCGCGCUGGAAAUUGCGGGUCCAGAUGCCGUGGGCAAACAUCACCUGGAGCUCGGGGGGAUGGAGCUCUACGGAUAUCUGGUGGACACUCUCUCGCUAUGA